AACUGACAAAACAUGUUAAACAAAAGCUGUUAUGAUGUUCUGUUCUGUCAACACGAGCUGUUAUUCCCUAAAUAAUAAAAAAGUAAAUUUAUCAUGUUACAUCUUCCACAAAAUUCGCCAUUUUUCUGAUAAACAAUCCAAAACCCACCGCAUCAGAUAUUAACAACAAAACCCAAAACAAAAAAACUACAGUUCUGUAAACAUUCAAGGAAGAAGAAGAAGAUUGAAUUAUCAAAGAGAGAUGGGCAGUGAGUUUAAAGAUCUUACAGUUCCUUUUCUGGAAGAAUCUUGUGCAAGAACAAGACCAGGGACAGCUUCUUCAAUCCAAACUCUGGGGAAUAUUGUUGUUUCAAUUGUCGGAACUGGGCUUUUAGGUCUUCCUUUUGCCUUCAAAAUUGCUGGUUGGUUUGCUGGUUCUAUUGGUGUUUUGGUCACUGGAAUUUCCACCUAUUAUUGCAUGCUUUUACUGAUUCAAUGCAGAGAUAAGCAGGCAACCGAAGAAUUAACAGCAGAAACGAAAACAUAUGGUGAUUUGGGUUACAGAUGUUUGGGAAAUCCAGGCCGUUACUUAACAGAAUUUCUUAUUUUUAUAUCUCAAUGUGGAGGAUCAGUAGCUUACUUAGUUUUUAUAGGCCAAAACCUUUCAUCAAUAUGCAAAAGCCAAGGCUAUGAUGACAUUAGUGUUUCGCUCUUUAUAUUCAUGUUAGUCCCGGUUGAAAUUGCUCUUUCUUGGAUCCAUUCUUUGUCUGCGUUAGCGCCUUUUAGUAUUUUCGCGGAUGUAUGCAAUGUGUUAGCAAUGGCUAUAGUGGUUAAAGAAGAUGUAGAAAAGGUGAUCAGUGGUGAAUUCAAGUUUAGUGAUAGAAUUGCGGUCACUUCUAGUAUUGGAGGGUUGCCAUUUGCUGCGGGAAUGGCGGUUUUUUGUUUUGAAGGAUUCGGAAUGACUUUGGCAUUAGAGUCGUCUAUGACAGAAAGGGGCAGAUUCCCUUGUUUAUUGGCCAAGGCAUUCACUGGAAUCACUCUUGUUUACGUUGUAUUUGGAUUUUCCGGUUAUAUGGCUUAUGGCGAUCAAACUCGAGAUAUUAUAACUCUCAAUUUACCGCAUAAUUGGUCUAGCCUUGCUGUUCAGAUUGGAUUGUGCUUGGGACUGAUGUUCACAUUUCCGAUCAUGGUGCACCCCAUCCAUGAAAUUGUCGAAGGGAAGCUUGAAACUAGUGGAUUGUGUCGAAAGGUUUAUGAUAACGAUGAUGGAAUCGCAGCAAAAGUUGGAAAAUUUGGAAUAUAUGUGAAUCGGGCGAUUUUGAUUAUUGUUUUGGCAUUAGUAGCGUCUUUUGUUCCCGGGUUCGGCGUAUUUGCUUCAUUCGUAGGAAGCACUGUAUGCGCAUUGAUCUCAUUUGUCUUGCCUGCUAUGUUUCACCUGAUAUUACUCGGUCCGUCGUUAAGUUUGUGGCAGAAAACCAUAGAUUAUUGCUUUUUCAUAUGUGGAUUGUUGUUUGCUGGUUAUGGCACUUAUAACACCAUUGUUGGUGUGUGAAACAGUUUUGUCCUUGCAUGGAAGAAGCAAGACUUUAAUUAGGAAGAAAUACAUUGUUAAAAAUAGAUAGAACUAAGAUCUUAUAGCUGGGUAGUGAAAAUGUAUCUCUAGGCUUUGUAGUAGCCACAAUUCAAUCAAAUUGUUAAUUGUGGACUUGUAGUUUAUAUAGUUAAGUUAAUUUCUUUUUUUCUUUAAA